AUGGCUGAUAAGUGUGAUCUGUGUCUGCUGGGACUGAUCGUUCUCUCUUCACUUCUCACAGGCACCAGUGGAGAGGAAGUGUUCAUCAGUUCUGGUGUAAAUGUCUCUCUGUCCUGUAAUAAUCAUCUUUCUGGCUGCAAAUCAACAUCAUGGACCUACUCUAACAGUCAUUCAGGGAUAGUUGCACUGAUUACUGGAGGGAUAAAGAAUAAAGACACAGAGAGACAUGAGAGACUGAGUCUGGAGUCUGACUGCUCUCUGAACAUCAAGAACGUCACAGAAGAAGAUUAUGGAUAUUACAGAUGCCGACGAUAUGUGAAUGGAGAACGACAAGGAACUGAUGCUUAUGUUUAUCUGUAUGUUCUUCAUGUUUCAGUGUCUUCAUCAUCACCAUCAUCAUCUUCAUCUUCAUCAUCAUCAUCUUCAUCUCCACAGACUGAGAUCAGUCCAGGCCGCUCUGUGACUCUCUCCUGUCAGUUGUAUGCUGGACUCUCCUGUGUUGAUUGGGUCAAUUCUGAGGGAGUUGAGCUGUUGUGGGUGAAUCAGGCUGGUGUUGAUCUGAAGACAGACUCCAGAUAUCAGAUAUUAUCAUCAUCAUCAUCAUCAUCAGAUCAACAUCACUGUAACAUCAUCACUCUGACUACAACACUCCUGAAUGAAGAUGCCAACAGAGAGUGGAGAUGUCAGCUUACUCACAGAAAGCAACUCCAGACCUCAGUCAGAUACACUGUCAAGUAUUCAGCUCAAGCUGAUUCAACGACAGCAGUGAAUCCAGUCCACAACACACACUCUCAGGAUCCCUCAACUAUAAACACACACGUUUCUAAAGCUGAUCCAGCAUCAGAAACUGCUGGAUUAUUAUACAGAGUGAUUGUGAGUAUUGUUGAGAUCGCAGUGUUUGCUGCUCCUACUGUGAUUCUUCUUCAGAUCAUCUGUGCAAGAAGAGCUGGGAGGAAGGACUCGAAGCGCCCGGAGGAAAUAGAGAUGCCCACAAUAUUACAAUAAAACACGGAUGAGUUCAGUAUCUGCAGCAAUAUUUAC